GCCCUCUUUCCGAGUCUGCCGCACGCCCUGGCUCUGCCCGCGCCUCCCAUUGACCAAACUCUCUACAUAUACGGCUCUGGCUCUGGCUUCAGCCAUCUAUAUUUUGAGCGUUUUUAGCAGUUAUUAAUUUAUCGUGUUCGGUCUCGUGUCGGCCGUCUCCUCGGUCUCCUCUUCACCACUGAUGGUCGCACGCACGUGUUUUUAACCUUUAACUCCAUGUGGUCCUGUGAUCUUGAGUCAAUCACUGCCGCCGCACACCUGAACGGGAAGCAGGCAAAAGGGGCGCCAACUCCCAGGGCCUUUUAGAUCAGGUGGCCGGCAUGGCCCUCAUCCUGAACUGUGUGAGCCGGCUUGAAGCUGCGGCGUGUCGACUGCCCAGGUUACUACACCUUGUGCGGAACGUCCCCACGCAGUGCAGCCACCGAUCCCUAUGGUGCUUAGAGCGUCGCAAGGCUUACGGGUUCUCCUACGUCGAGCUGGGCAAAAUUGUGCCGAGGUUGGGUGAGCCACCCGGGGGCUGUGUUGUGGCCAGGUUUUGCACCAAGGCCAAUGUGAAGCCGGACGUCAAGGCAGGCCUCCAAGAUGACUCUAGGGCAGACUUGCAGAGGCCACAGCUCAAAGACGAGCCCGAUGAGCCUGUCAAGUUGAAUGUUUUUCAGCGCUACAAGAAAAUGUUUAAGGAGUACUGGUACGUGAUGCUGCCGGUGCACAUUGCUACCUCCAUCGUCUGGUUUGGAUCCUUCUUCUACCUGGCCACAUGCGGGGUGGACGUAGUGCCCCUCCUGGAGUAUGUCGGCCUGCCGGAGACCGUUAUCAGUCCCCUGCGGAAAUCGGGACUGGGCUACAUUGCAGCGGCGUCAGCCAUGUACAAGCUGGCUACACCGGCACGCUACACGGUCACCUUGGGAGCCACGUCGGUCACCAUCCGUCUGCUGGUCAAGCGUGGCCUCAUCAAGCCCAUGCCUUCGAGCGACCAGCUGCGACAGAUGCUCAGGGACAAGAUGAAGCCCCAGUGAUGCCUCUCCUCGGGGCCAACAAAGCACCUGUACAUACGACGGCGCCCAGAGCUCGGCACAGCGGCUCGGCUCUGAGCCGUGGCACACGCUCUUGCUCCAUGGCCUGGCAACGAGCCAAGGGCAUCGAGAGUGGAAUCAAAUCCUGCAACUCCGAGAGCUUGACUGUAGACCAUUGUCCAAGUUUGUGCAUGCUCGAAACCAUCGUUAGUUGUCACUAAAUAAAUGGGCAUUGUUAGCUUU